GGUGUUGAGUUGAUCGAUGUUGAAGUUGAUUUCGAGAGAGAGCUUUCGCUAGAAAACAUUAUUAAUAAAUCAUCGACCCUGAAGCUUCCCCGAAGUAUGAAGGACCCUGAGGAGGAGAUAAAGCUUCCUCCCUCUGAGAGGCAGGCUCCUGUGCUGAGUUCUUCCGUCGGUGAGGAGGAGUGGAGCGACGACGACGUCUUGGCAAAUACUGCUGCUUCCACAUCCGGAGCUGGUGAAGAUGUCGAAGUGGGGGAGGACAACCAAGCCGAUGCUGAACAGGCUGCCAAUGAGGCCGACAAGGAGAGUUGAU